AUGUCUUUCAGUAAGUCGCACAUGCGAACACGCUUACGUAGCUGCCUCAGUGGGUUAACUUUGUGUCGGGAUGUUUCGUUAAAAUCUCUUCUCGUCUCUUACAACAGAGCAUUAACGACUUUAAAACAUACGAAUGUCGUUCACGUCAAGAGAAGUCUUUUUCUGCGUAGCUCGCCUCACCUCGCACGUACAGAUGCCAGAUGGAUUGUUCGGCGACAUUCGUCCAGUUCAGUGGCGGCGACCGGAGAAGAUAAUUUCCUCAAAUGGUUCCUGCUGCUGAUCCCGGCCACCACGUUCGGCCUCGGUACCUGGCAGGUGAAGCGACGCCAGUGGAAACUGCAGCUGAUCGACGACCUGAGCCGACUGACCGCGGCCGAGCCCGUCCCGCUGCCCGCCGACCCCCUGGAGCUGACGGGCCUGGAGUACAGGCGGGUGCGGGCGCGCGGGCGCUACCAGCACGACAAGGAGCUCUACGUCCUGCCGCGGUCGCCCGUCGACCCCGAGAAGGAGGCCAGGGAGGCGGGGCGCCUCUCGUCCAGCGGCGAGACGGGCGCCAACGUGGUCACGCCCUUCCACUGCACCGACCUCGGCGUCACCAUCCUGGUGAACCGAGGCUACGUCCCCAAGCAGAGGAUCAAACCCGAGAGCAGGAUGAAGGGCCAGGUGGAGGGUGAGGUGGAGGUGGUCGGGGUCGUCCGGCUGACGGAGCCCCGCAAACCCUUCGUGCCCAACAACGACCCCGACAGGAACCGGUGGCACUACCGCGACCUGGAAGCCAUGUCGCACGUGACGGGGGCUCAACCCAUCUUCAUUGACGCCGACUUCGCCAGCACAAUCCCGGGGGGGCCAGUGGGCGGCCAGACGAGGGUGACCCUGAGGAACGAACACAUGCAGUACAUCGUCACCUGGUACGGCCUGUGCGCAACCACCGCUUACAUGUGGUAUGCAAAAUUCAUCAAGAAGAUUAAAGUGUAAGAUGUUACAUUUGUCUGUGGAUCUGAAAUUAUGCGAGAUUGGAUCAUUUCACACAGCAUAACUGAUAGCACUGCCUGGGAAUCAUUCAGAAAAAUGGAUUGUGGUGGGAGAUUAAAAAAAAAAAAAAAGCCUAAUUCUCUCUAAUUCAACCCGUUCAUGAGUGGGUGAGUAAAUAUUUACAUUUCUGGAAAUUAACAUUGAAAGGCCUGCACAAAUUCCACAAG